AUGAAUCAAGCUUCUUUUCAUUUCCAGUUGGCUAGUUAUUCAAACAGAUGCUACAGGAAAGCCACUCUCCUUUUCGAUGCAACUAGAGAAUCUACUGGAAAGGAUUUGAAACAAUGUUGUUUCAUGAAGCUACAAGGACUCUCAGAAGAGGAGCGAUAUUCACUUCUUCUGGAGGCGACCUUGUCUUUGAAUGUUAAAAAGAUGAAGGCGGAUGCCGAUGAACUGAAGGCAAUGAAGAGUCUGAAGAGCGUGUUUGCUAAGGGAGUUGGGGCUAAGACGUGGGAAGAGGCGAUAGAAAGAUACCCAACCUUCACUUCAGAAGCAGCCCUGGAACCCUAUGUUGGUAAAAAGUAUACAAAAGGUAACAUCCCAGAGGUCUUCCUGGAGCACAUCAGCAGGGCCAAGAGAGACAUGGACAUGAAUGCAGACGACAUCCCAGCCCUUAUGAUACAAGAACUAGAAGAGGAUAUCCAGUUAUCCUCAACACCAUCGGCUACUACCAGAAUCUUCCUGACAAAGGACAUCACAGCGAUAUCCAAAGUGGUCAGCCAACAUACCCGACACGAUGUGCAUAUAUUGCAUAUUGUCCAGUCCCCAGUAGGAGAUAUUCAAGAUGUCAACCAUAAUGUCUGUAUGCAGUAUGGUAUUGUCGAGUCUAGGAGGAGGGGUGCUGGCACUAGCCAACUCUACAUGCCAUCAAGAUCAGACUUCUACAAAUAUGCAGUGGAGCAUUUCACUUCUAUUGAUGAAGUGGUUCUUGACGUUGGAGACGGACUGCUGGCAAGGGUUGCAGCAGAAUGUGGACGAAAUGGGAGGAUGGUAGAGGAGACAACACUGUCCAGCACAGAAAUAGAGGCCAUGAUGGGUGCUGCAGACUCGGAGGAGAUUCUAGAUGCAGAUCUAGUAUUAAGCAUGGACCAGACGUGUUCUAUACCUUAGUGCAUUUUGUUUCUCUCAUUUCCUCACCUCGAUCACUACCUCAUUUAGUUCUGAAAAAUAUUGUUAAGAUAUGUGACAAACUAACGUUUUUAUGUAAAUAUUUUUAUACAGAUAUGGCUGGUAGGGUGUUUAUAUAUCAUUCUUUUGGCCGCUGGAGUUGUAUUUUCAUGAGGGAAAAUAAAACUCCUUUAGGUAGGCUAAAGAAUAUGUAUUACAUACAUAACAGGAAAUAUCUAUUAUAAUAUUAGAUAACCUUGAUUAAGACCAAGUCAUGGUUUUUACAUGAAAGUCUGAACACGAACAGUUUAAUAGAGUCUGAUCUACAGUAGAUAUCCAUUGUCUUCGCCUUUCUUCUCUGUGCUGAGCUGUUAUGACGAAUAUUGUUGAUACAUGAAUACAUUGUCUUAGCUCAAGCGCGUAUGCUCCUACUGUUAUCGUUGACCAGCUGGUCAAUAUAACCAUCCAGAUGACCGGGCGUGAACUGUUAACAAUAAAUUGCAGUCCCCAUAUCACUUGACAUGCUGUGGACCAAUCACACCUUAGCAACUCUCUGAGCUAUCUAAUACAAGUAUUUAAGUCUAUGUGUAGAUGUGUUUUUAGUUUAGUAGAUAGGUGGCUGGACUACCGAUCAUUAGGUACAUGUAUGUGGUUCAAAUCUCGGCCACUUCACUAAGGUCUAGCUUUGGCAAGACCUUAACAUACAUUUACUACACUCAAACUAUGUUGUACCAAAAUAUGUAGCCUAGUUAAGGUCAGGUAACAUACAUGCAGGAGCACCUUGCUAUAUAGAUGAGCGCUAUACUAGAGUGCAAUAUUAUUAUUAUUAUCUUUUAUUAGAGCAUAUUUUUGUCUUGCCAAGUGAACUUGAUUACUUUGAAGGUAAUUUCAAAGGCACAGGGUUGGUGAACGUGACUCGUCACCUUAUUUAUUUUUCUAAAGCAUCAACACAAAAACCCACAUAUUAUUAUUUUAUCAAGGAUAAAAACUCGGGUCACAACUAUUGGGCCCUUGAUUUUGUUACCAUCUUGUCAAAAUGAAACACUCGAUCUAACUCAUUUCCAAGCAUCAGAAGACGGUUGUUGAUAUCAAUGAUGUAGUUGGAAGAUCAUAUACUUCAAAGUUAUAAUCAAGGAAUUAUCAGAGCUGGAGUCCAAACUGAGGAUAAUUUAUGCAAACAUCUGGCAGAUUCCAAAGGAUAGUCAAUAGAAUUAUUAAACUGCCUUGGUUCUUUGAUAUUUGAUGCGCGAUGCCACCAAAGUAAAAGAAAACAUUUUAGAGAGGAUGUGAACUUUGUGGGUUUUUGUUUGCACAGUUGAUUUAUUAUAUCAAUAAACAUAGAAAACAAAUAGGCAAUUGUUUAGUAAUUAUGUACGAUGCCACUCUGAAAAUCCCAUUCCUCAACAAGCAAGAUUUCUUGAGAUAUUGCCUUAAGAGUGUAAUAAAUAUGUACUGCUUCAAGUACAAUAUUGAUCCCUUGCUGAUUGCUUUUCUGAUUUUCAUAUUUUAUAUGGUACUAUCAAGAAAAUAUUUCUAUUAAAUUAAAUCAACCAGAGUAAAGUCCACAUGUGUCCACUCAUGGAAUUAGCAACUUUAAAUCUUGUAUUUUUGGACGUGUAUCUGUUUGCUUACACCUGGUUAUACCAUUCAUGAGCACUUUCUGUGUAACCAAUUAUCAUUAUAUUGAAUACCUUUAAUUGCAUAUGUGCAUCCUCUGUAGCAAUACUGGCCGCGGGUGUUUCAUCGUUAGUUCUUUUGAAUCAAUGUGCAUGUAUUCGGAGAGCGCAUAUAUAUUUGUCGUGGUUGUUGUGGCAUUGAGCCUACUUCAGAGGAAAUUGUUAAGCUUUUACUCCAGCUGUAAUUACUCCUUGUUAU